AUGGCUGGCAAAAAGAACCUUUCGGGAGUAUGCCGCAAAUCGUGCACUCAGCCAGUACGAUCAUAUCCUUUUCAUUCUGGUACAGUUGCUCUGCGAGAAAUCCGAAAACAACAACAGUCUACUGAACUGCUCAUUCCUCGAUCCAGAUUCGAACGAUUGGUAAAGGAAUUGGCACAAGACUUCGUGACUGACUUGAUAUUCCGAAAAGACGCCAUAGAUGCUCUCCAAGCAGCCGUCGAAGACUACUUGGUUGAAUUAUUUCGACUAGGAAACUUAUGUGCCAUAAAAUGCAAAAGAGUCACAAUUGAAGCUGAUAAUUUGAAAUUUGCUAGGCGAAUAAGAGGAGAAGACGAAUAA